AGGGCGUGAGGGACGCCUCUGGAUAACGUCAUACGCCGCGUUGGCUUUCAGCGCUGCAAAUUUUGUGCCCUCUCCUCCCCCAACCACACUCCGUCGGUGCUGGAAAAGUUUGUGAUCUGGAUAAAUGUACGCAUACCUGGAAGAUUUAACAAUACAAGAAGAAGAUAGGGACUCCGAGCGUUGCCCCAAAGAGAGCAACAGCAUUUAAGGGAUGAUGCCCCGAAAAGAUUGUUGUUACCUAAGAGUUUUGCCAUUUCGCUAGCUGCAUCGCUUGAUUGUAUUCGCCCCUUUCUUGGAUGGUGUAGCCUAUUAGUUUUGUGGGAUCCUAAAAGCUGUUGAAGAAAUGGCGGAAACUAAAAUAAUUUACCACAUCGACGAAGAGGAGACGCCGUACUUGGUGAAGAUUCCUAUACCAUCAGAACAGAUCACUCUACUGGAUUUUAAACAGGUCUUAAACAAGCCAAACUAUAAGUUCUUCUUCAAGUCCAUGGAUCAGGAUUUCGGGGUUGUCAAGGAAGAGAUCUCAGAUGAUGCUGCAAAACUGCCCUGCUUCAAUGGACGAGUAGUCUCAUGGCUUGUGUCCUCAGACUCCCAGCCUGUGGAGCUCCUUCCCCCUCCUCCACCUCCUCCGCUGCCUCCUCCUCCAGUGGAGGUGUGUCCAGAACCCUCUCCUCCUCCGCCCCCUCUUCCACCUCCACCUGCAGAGAGACUCGGCGGCAUAGGGGACUCCAGGCCACCCUCAUUCCAUCCAAAUGUGGCCGGUAGUGUGGAGAACCUUGAUGACCGCACAGAGACCGAAUCUGUGGUGUCCUUCAGAAGGGAGAGGCCCAGGCGCAGAGAGAGCAUGGACCAGCAUGGGCCUCGGGUGAAUGGCCAGACCCGUCUGGAGCGCCACCUGGCUGGCUACGAGAGCUCGAGCACCAUGAUGAGCAGCGAGCUGGAGACCACCAGCUUCUGCGACUCCGAGGACGACGACACCAUGAGCAGGUUCAGCAGUUGCACGGAGCAAAGCACAGCUUCCCGGCUGCUGAAGAGACACCGGAGGCGGCGAAAACAGCGCCCUCCAAGGCUUGAGCGGGCGUCAUCCUUUAGCAGUGUGACAGACUCCACCAUGUCACUCAACAUCAUCACAGUCACCCUCAACAUGGAGAAGUACAACUUCCUGGGUAUCAGCAUCGUGGGGCAGAGCAACGAGCGUGGCGACGGCGGCAUCUACAUCGGCUCCAUCAUGAAGGGAGGGGCUGUGGCGGCCGACGGACGCAUAGAGCCGGGAGACAUGCUGCUGCAGGUGAAUGACAUCAACUUUGAGAACAUGAGUAAUGAUGAUGCAGUCCGAGUCCUGAGAGACAUAGUUCACAAGCCUGGGCCUAUUAUCCUCACUGUGGCUAAAUGUUGGGACCCUUCACCCCAGGGUUACUUCACCCUACCUCGCAAUGAGCCAAUCAGGCCGAUUGACCCGGCGGUGUGGGUGACCCAUGCUGCAGCUCUGACGGGAGGCGCCUACCCUACAUUUCCCCCACCCUCCGUCGCUGGGACCGAACGUAAGCUCUCCUCAACAUGCAUCUACCUGCAAGUGAUGACUAGAUAUUGGAGGCAUGCGCUCCUCAUCUUACUUUUUUUAUUUAUUAUGUAUUUAUUCUCCUUGGGAACAGCGGGCUUUGAGGACUUUAACCUGUCUCUGCACUCGGACAUGGCGUCGGUGGCCAAAGCCAUGGCCUCACCAGAGUCCGGGUUGGAGGUGCGAGACAGGAUGUGGCUGAAGAUCACCAUCCCCAACGCUUUCCUGGGCUCGGAUGUGGUGGACUGGCUCUUUCAGCACAUUGACGGUUUCAAAGAUCGCCGUGAGGCACGGAAAUACGCCAGCAACCUCUUGAAGGCUGGCUUCAUCCGUCACACCGUCAACAAAAUCACUUUCUCUGAGCAGUGCUACUACAUCUUUGGAGACUUCAGUGACUGUGAAAACUACAUGGCUAACCUGUCCUUGAAUGACAAUGAUGGCUCCAGUGGUGCAUCCGAUCAGGACACACUGGCCCCGCUGCCUCUCCCUGGGGCCACCCCCUGGCCAAUGCUCCACACAUUCCCCUACCAGUACCCCCACCCUUACACCAGCCAGCCCCCACCCUACCAUGAGCUCUCCACUUACAACUACACUCCUGGCAGCACGGGCAGCCAGCACAGCGAAGGGAGCCGAAGCAGCGGUUCCACGCGUAGCGAGGGCGAGCGACGGCGCGGCAGCAAAGGGGGCGGGAGCACCAGCGGCCGGGAGGAGAAGUCCCCUCUGGGCGGGGCCGAGUCCCAGUCGGGCAGUGGUGGCAGCGAAUCCGAGUACUCGGUGCGCAGCAGCCGGAGGCGGGACCACGGCUCGGCCACGCCCAGCGAGCACAGCCACAUGAGCCAGCGGUCGCACCACCAGCGCAUGCCCCAGCCGCCACCCCACAUGCCCUACCCGCCGGGCAUCCCCUUGUCCUACAACCCCAUGAUGCUCAUGAUGGUGCCCCAGCACCCGCAUGUCAUCGGGGCCCCCCACCCACAGCUCCCCACAGGGCCCUCGCCGCUGCCCGGCCUCCCACUACCCUCCUCCACCCCUGGAGGCCCCCCGGGAGCACCACCCACCCGUGACCUCGGCUCGGUCCCACCAGAACUCACAGCCUCCAGGCAGUCCUUCCACCUGGCCAUGGGCAAUCCCAGUGAGUUCUUUGUGGAUGUCAUGUAGCCAGAGCAUGGCAUGUAGAUGUUAAUGUAAAUGUAAUGGAAUGUCACAACAUGACAUUGUACAGAAACUCAAAGCAGUGAGUGCUUGAAGAUGGCUAUGAUGCUGGACACACUCUACUGCUGGAGGUUUACACCUAAAUACCACAAGAUUGUUAGAUCAACUCACAUAGCGAUAGCUGUUUGCACUGUCAGACUGUACAUUAUUGGACAGUUAUCAGUCAGUCUCCGGUGUGUGUUCUCAACUGGAAUGGUUAUUUGGUCAUAUCAACCCGUCCCACUGGAGUUGUGUGUGUCUGUGUGUCUGUGUGUCUGUGUGUCUGUGUGUCUGUGUGUCUGUGUGUCUGUGUGUCUGUGUGUGUGUGUGAUGCAAGGUUUGUGGACUAAAAGGUUAAACACAUAUUUCCCUGACUUUUCUAAAGCACCAAGUGAAAGAAUUGCAUCUAGAAUACAACUGGUCAGUUUUGAUGGACCCAGAAUCUUGACAAUGUCCACUGAUGUAGUGGCUUUGUGGUUGUGAAAUUCCAUUUUCAGUCUGAAAUUUUCAUAACUCGUUGUUUUUUUAUUGGAGAUGUUUUAAGAUGAAAUGUCAUUUUGUCAUAUGCAUACAACGGACCAAAGCAAAUCAGGUUCAUAAUACUAGCUUUUAGAUAUGUUAGGUAAGUACAAGUAUAACUGUGAUAGCUUGGUACAAGAAACUUGAGGUCCAGUGAGUUUUCUACAUCCCUGGUACGUUUGAUGAGGAGAAUGUAAGAAGUUGUUUCUUUCAGGUUUCUGACAUCUGAUCUUAGAGGGAUGAGAAAGCACUACUACUAAUCAAAGAAUAGUUGUAAUCCUUUCUCCCUAACUGAAGUGAAGAGAAUAUUCUAUGUCAUAGUGGUUUUGACAUUGACUUGAAAAUCACACUACUUUUUUUCAGGUUCAGAAAUGAGUGACCAGUUUCCUUUCUUGGUAAUACUUUCUCAUAUAGCUGUUGUCAUAGCAGCAGUUCUGUUAUUACAUCCAUCAAUCAUCACUACCACAAAUUAUGUUAAUUGCAAAGCCGUGUAACAGUCAUGUUUUCAUAGUUAUUUUAUCUAGCUAAAAUGGCACCAAGCUCCUAUACUGGUGUAGUGUGAAGGGAAAGCCAACCUACAUACACUACAGUGUCAGAUAUGUGUCAGAAAUUGCAUGGUUGUACACACAGUGACAUUUCAAUAGCAUCAAUAGUUUCAGUAGGUUCACUGUGGGAAUGUCACAUGCUCAAUGAACAUGUUUGUGAAAUCUGACUUUUUGUUACUCUUGUAUAUUCGGGUCUGAAAGGUACCCAACUCUACAGCUGGAAGAGAUUACCUGUUAUUAUCCUGCCAUCGACCAAAUAGCUGCAGUUAAGGUCAAGCACGUGUUUGAGUAGUUCUGUUGUUGUAUAGUCUUUAAGUAUUGUGAUAGCAAUGGUACAGGAAAAAGCAGAAGGAGCUGAACUGAAUCAUCUUGGUGCUCUUCGCUGGUUUGUACUCUAGACCCAGCACAUCCUUAGAUCUGACAAAAGAAAAGAAAGUUUUGAUAUUAAAUGCUGGCAAAGCUGGAUAACCUGAUAAAUACUCUUAUUUAUUGCAGCUCUUGUAGCCUACUUCAGUGUAUUACUGUAUUAGAACCAAAUUAUGACUCUUUAUUAUUGGACACCUUUUUGUACUGCCCAAGUCACGUGUGGUCCAAGCACAGAACCUGUUGGGGUGAACUAUGUGGAGCGGGGACCUAGAAUCUUUAAGGACAGAAUUUUAAGCAUAGACUGUGUUCAUUGUGUAGUAUUUUGGGAACAGCAUAGUGGGCUAAAGAGAAUGCUGACAUGUUUUGAUGAUAAUAUUAAUACUAGUCCCAUUCACCAGAGCAUUUUAUAAAGUAUGUCUGAGUAAAGACUAUUUUAUUGACUAUUGGAAAGUUAACCAUGGGAAUCCAGUAUGUGUCUUAAAGGCAUCCUGAGUUGCAUACAGUUUGAAUAUGUAUUAAUAUAUGUACCCUAAAAUAAAGGCGUGACAUGAAGAGAUUAAACCUUGUUAUGUUGUGAACAACAGUGUAGUAUAACUACAAAAGCCUUUUUACUUUUACCAUGUUUGUCUCAUAAUAUCAAAUGUUUGAAAUAAAUGUAUUCUAGCUUGA